AGAUCUGCACCGCCUCAGGCAUCUCCGUCCCCGAAUCUGGUGUAUUAACUGAGAUGGUGUGAGAUCCACUAUUCAAGUCCCACAACUCCACCCCCCCAACACUCCUCGCUGUAGGCGCUCAUUGCGCAAGGACCAUCUUAGGGCAGCCCCACCUAUCUGGGGGAAUUUUGUCUGAGGUCACUCCCCUCUCGAGUCGCGAAUCGCAAGGCUACAUAAAUGCUCCCCUGUCGGCGAAACUGCUGGCGGCACCACUGAAGAAGGCUGGACGCUGCCGCUGAAAGCGCCUCGGCGGGGUAGCGGACUGGCACACGCUUCCCGUCGUCGCCCAUCCAGGAUGCUGGAUUUGGAUUACGCGCAGCCUGAUGGAUCCCAAUAUGGCUAUAUGUUCCCUAGUGGAUUUAUCAGUGAUUUGGACUCUUACAAGCAAGAAUCCACAUUUCCUCCCUGCCUUGGAGAUCCAGAGAGCUCCCCAGAGUCUUGUAUGAACUGGCUAGAGAUGCAAGAACCUGGAUAUGAACCCUUUGAGAUAGGACACCUGGCUCAGCUGCAGAAUGUCCAACCCUCCUACCCCCCUGGCACUUACCCCCAGCCACAGCUCUCUUUGGAACCAGUCUACAACCACGAGGGAAUGAUGCCGGCCCAGAAUUCAGCUAUGGUAUUCAAGGAUGAAUACAACACUGAGAUCUAUCUGCCAUACGAACAAUAUUCUGCUCCAAGGGAAAUAUGUAGCCCAUUGUCAGAAGAGGGGGAAAUUCACAAGGAUGGCCGGAAUCUGGAAGUAUCUUCUGAGAGUGACUUGGAUGAGAAUCUCUUGUCUAGGUUUGAUUCUGGCUCUCGCCGAAAACUCCGCCUCUACCAGUUUUUGCUGGAGCUCCUUGAAGGUGGUGACAUGAAAGAAUGUGUGUGGUGGGUGCAGCGUGAUGCAGGCAUCUUCCAGUUCUCUUCAAAGCACAAGGAGCUUCUGGCACAUCGCUGGGGCCAGCAGAAAGGCAACCGCAAAAAAAUGACCUACCAAAAAAUGGCUCGAGCUCUGCGCAACUAUGGCAAAACGGGUGAGAUCCGCAAGGUGAAAAAGAAGCUCACGUACCAGUUUGGGACCUCACUGCUGAGCCCAUCACCUUCUUCCUAAAGCCCUCAAGACUCCUGGGCCAGAAUAACCUCCCAUGAAAUGCUUCCUCUGUUGGCUUUCUUGAAAACUAUAUUUGGGCAUUUGCCAGUAUGGCUGUAUUAGAAAACCUGCCAGAUGCUUUGCAUUAAGCAAGGAGGGAGGAUCUGAAAGCAAUGAGGGCUUUUAUUGGAUGGGGGGAUCUGCACUUUAGGGGAAGGUUUCUGGACCAGGACUUGGGGGGAGGGUUCCUUUUUGGGAUGGGAAAAUGGAGUUCAGCUAAGAUGCAUCUGGCUGGGAUUCCUGGAUUGAUCUUUCCUGGAUGGUUUGAGAACCAGUGCUCAUAUCAACUCUUUUGGGGGGGUCUUGGUGGAAUGAAAAAGGAAUGAAACAGCAGCAGAGCUGCUAAAUUAUUUUUGAGUAUGGCCUUAAUGGAUUUAUGGCCCCUCCUUAAAAUAUUUGUAGUGUCUUCUUACAAUUGCACAGAGCUCAGUCCAAUGCUUCCCUUAUUCUCUUGCCAUUCCAUGCCUUACUGUUUCAUCAACAUGAAUGACCUUUGGAGCAAGUAGGAAAAUUGUGCAGAGCACACUUCUGGAACUCUUUCCAAUCUCUUAAUAGCUACUUCAUUCAUAUGACCAGGAAGGUAGAGGGACUCGGCUUAGAAUGGAUGAAUCAGCCACAAUCUAAGUUACUGCCCUGAUUCAACCCAUUUUUUUUUAUCUUUUGCCAACUUCCUUCCUCACACCAAAUUUGGUUCUGUUCUGUUCAGUUUUUAGAAAAUAAUCUGGAAAGACAGUUGGUUAGAGUCUUUUAAAACAUCUAUACAGUUUCUUUAAAUAAUUUCUUUCCAACAUUCUUUUGACUUGGAAAGAAUAAAGAAAAUUGGUAAGGAGAGGCAUCAUCCCACAAGUACUGGUCUGAAAAAGUACUCCUCUCUUGUCCUUUGAUGCAACAACUACUCUGGAAGAAAACCAGAGGCAGAUAUGCACCUUGAGAUUUAUAUGAAUUCUUUGGUUUGAUAUAAUCCUUUAUGGCAGCUCCACACAAAGAUUUGGUAGCAACUCAAAAUUUUUAUAUUUUUGCAGCAUUGAUAGUAUUGGAGGACUGAGCUAAAUAAUUUCCAAUUCAUCUCUGGUAUAAGUUGUCCUUGGCUUAUGACAACAAUUAGGCCUGGAGUUGCUGUUGCUAAGUAAAGCAGUUUGUAUUGUUCAGCAAUGACCAUGUGGGUUGUUGAGCAAGAACCUCAUCUGACCACAACUUCUGACUUCCUGCCAGCUUCAUUACUGAAGUUACUUGUCAGUAGUCAGUAGAGAACUUAGGAAAUUGUGAUCACAUGACUGUGGGGAUACUGUGAUGGCUGGAACUUCGAGAACCCACUAUAAGUUAUUGAGCACUGUCCCAAGCUUGAAUGUUCUCUGAGCAUUCAAGGUCAUAACCUGAGGAACAUCUGAACCUUGACUUUGAUAAUUUUGUAGCACCCUCUCAGUUUUUUCAGUUUCUUCUUUCAGAAAGAAACCAUAAUUUAUGAGUUUGCUAGUUUCCCUUUCUGUACUGGAAGUAAGGGGAUAUUUGUUGCUUACAGCAUUGUUUUUCAACCUUGGUAAUUUUAAGAUGUAUGGACUUCAACUCCCAGGAGGAAGUCACUUUUCUCUCAGUGUUGAAGUUCAUGCAGCUUAAAGUUGCCAAGGUUGAAAAUUAGUGCUCUAGGUUCAGCAAAGUUUGGAUCAGGGCAGUGAUCUUUACUUCUAGUUCUUCAGUUGGUAGAAGCAAUCACUUACAAAUUGCUUCUAAAGAUUGAGAAAUGAGAACAGUGGAGAUGUGGAAAUGGCCUGAGUUAGCAUCAUUUGAGCAUCAUGAUGGGAAGGAAGCAGAUUAUUCAUGUCGGUGAGACUUUCUACUAGUCUCUCCCCUUGGGAGUCAAGACAGACGUACCAUUUUUGAUAAAUCAUGUUUUGUUUAGCCACAGUUUGCUGGCUUAACUAGAAUUGGUUGUGUAAUCAAAUCACUGUGGUUUGUUGAGUUACAGCUAAUCAGGUUGUGCAACUCCAGUUUUGUGGGCUGGCCUUUUGUAACUGGAGGAAGCACAAGAUGAGGCCCAGAGGGCUUAUGUCUAAGAACAGGCAGGUUAAACAUGAGAGAGCUCUCAGGAGGGAGGGAUAUAAUAGAUCUUCAAAUAGUAGAAAAAAAUAUAGUGUUGAUGGGGUGGGGCAGCAAUGGGGGGGGGGGCAGGGGGACACUCAAAUUUUUGGCCCAGGACUUGAGUGUAUAAUAUAGAGUUGAAAUGUUUAUUUAAUACUACAGAGUGAGGAGUUUUUGGUUAAAAUCUGAUUAUUUUUAAAAUGGAUAUCUUUUGUACAUAUUUUAGAAAUUGCUAAUAAAUGUUUACAACAACAGUGAA